AUGGUUAAAAAAGAUAACAUAUGGGUAUUAUGUAAAUUAUAUUUAGACGAAAAAAAUACACAGCUAAAUAAAUUACAAGAAGAUGACAUAUUCAAAAUAAUACAAAACUCAAAUACACUCUUGUCUGUUUUAAUUAAAGAAGAAUUUGAAAAGAAUGCUCUUAUAUUUUAUGGAAAAAUAUUUAAAACAAUACUUUUUAAUCCUUUCAGUAUCAUUUUUGCAAAUCUAGAAUUGCGAAUUUUUAUAAUAAAAACUAGUAACAAAUUCAAAAAGGAAAUUGAAAUUUUAACAAAAUUUGUAACCGUCUGUGAUUACUUAAAAGUUGAAAUAUUAUACAUAGGUGUAACCCUAAACAAAUGUAAAAGAUUUCUGACGGAUUUAUUUAUAAAACUAAAAAUUGAAGAAAAUAUCCCUUGCAUAAUGAAGGAAUUCGAAAACUGUUCUUAA